ACCCGACUCGUUAAACUAUAUAUAUUCAUUUUGUUGCUUCGAGAUCUUCAUGAUACUCUCUCACAAUAUAAUAUUAAUCUUUUUCGACCCAUUCGCAAUUCGAUAAGCUUUUUGCUUCUUAUUUAAACCCCUUUCUUUUUAUAGCAAAAUAUAAAAUUCAACCAAUUCUAAAAAAAUUUCUUCAUGCAUUUUUCAUUUUUCAUACAAUUUUCAUUUUCAUGGACUUGGUUAACUCAAUGACUCCUUUGAAAUUAACUCAAUUUUUCAUCUUUUUCUCAAUUUUUUUUCAAAUUAAAGUUGAAUCUGAAACACCCAAACAGUUUUUCAAAGGAUUUAAAGCAAACCCAGAUCCCCAAAUUUCGAAUUUUCAGCCUCUUCUUACUGAUUCUACUGGAAAUUAUUCACUGAGUUUUCUUCGAAUUGAUGAAAAUCAACUCAAUCUUGCUAUUAUCCAUGUUAAAUCUUUGGAAACGAUAUGGGUUGCUAAUUUGACCCGUUUAGCUAAAUGGGCUGACCCGACUGAGCUCUACUUCAAUGGCAGCCUUGUUCUGUCUGAUUCACGUUCAGGGGUAUUUUGGUCAACUUACACUGAUGGAGACCGUGUUUGGCUUUCAAAUACAUCAAAUUUACAAGUUCAGAAGGUUGAUAAUGGAGUGACGUCACCUUCUGUUUUAUGGCAAAGUUUUGAUUUUCCCUCAAAUACCCUUGUGGAAAAUCAAAACUUCACUAGUCCCAUGACUUUAGUUUCAUCAAAUGGGCUUUAUUCUAUGAGAUUGGGCUUUGAUUUUUUCGGGUUGUAUUUUAAAGGUGAAUCGGGUUCGGAUUCGGAUUCGGGUCGGAUCUAUUGGAGGCACAAGGCAUUAGAAGCUAAAGCUGAUGUAAUGGAAGAUCAAGGACAUAUUUAUGUUGUAUUAAAAUCAAAUGGAUUUUUGGGUAUGUACCAAAAUGAGUCAGUCCCUGUUGAUAUUGAAUCCUUUAACAGCUUUCAACAACCCGUAUCCGGUGUCCGUCGGAUCCGGAUCGAACCGGAUGGUAACUUAAAAGGGUAUUUUUGGGACGGGUCGAGUUGGGUAUUAGACUAUCAAGCGAUAAAGGAGACAUGUGAAUUGCCUAGCCCCUGUGGGGCGUACGGGCUCUGUCAUCCAGGCAAGGGUUGCUCUUGCCUGGACAACAGCACGAACUACAGUAUUGGCGGGUGUAGCCCGCCGAACAGUGAGGAGCCCCGCAAUUUUUGCGGGGCCACCUAUGAUCUUGAUCACAAGAAGUACAAGGGGUUAUCAAGAAAUGGUGUUGAGUUGUCUAACACUGAGUUAAUGGACUAUCAACAUAUGGUUUCUUUUGAAGAAUGUCAAAGUGCAUGUGAAGGAAAUUGUACAUGUUGGGGUGUGGUGUACACUAACACAUCUGGAUUUUGCUACAUACUAAAUUACCCCAUACAAAGUUUAGUAGGGGUGAGGGAUGAAUCCAAGAUGGGGUUUUUCAAAAUGAGGGAGGGUGUAGGAAAAGAUAAGAGGGGGGUGGGGUUUGGGGUAGGGGUAGGGUUAUUAUGUGGGGCCAUAUUGGUAUUAGGUGGGGUCAUAGGUUUAGGGUAUUAUAGAUUUAUGAAAAGAAAAAGAGAAAGAGGAGUUAGUGGUUAUGUUGAUGAUGAUGGAGUAGUAGUUGGACCAUAUAAAGAUUUGGGAAAUGCAAGUUUUAGGUCAAUUGAACUAAUUGAAAGAUGAGGUAAGGGAUGACAUCUUUUGAGAUAAAGACCUCAUCAUCAUUACAAUAUAAAAACUUUUACAAUAUGGUGGAAGUGGGACACAUUUUGAGCUUUUGGCUAGUGGGGCCUACUUUAUAUUAUCAUACUAUAUAGUAUUUUUUUUACUAUAUGGUGGGAGUGGGCCCUUUUGGGGGGGGGGGGGUUUGGCCAAAGGAAGAAGAUUUGAUGUAGUCAAAGGACAAAAAGAUACGCUAAAUUUGGCAAAAUGAUAUUUAUAUUAUAUUCUAUGCAAAGACUACUUGUUGGAUGUUUUUAUAUUAUAGUUAGUUAAAAAUGACAAUGACUUGUAAAUUGUACUUAUUUUCUUAGUGAUCACUUUCUUAUCUACAUGGCCAAAGUAGCCAAACUUUUUUGGAGCUUUGUAAAGAAAUUAGAGUGUGAUUUUCUUUAUACAAUUUAUCUUCCAUAUUACAUAGUUCUUUCUCCUUGGAGACA